CCGCAGCGGCUCUCCUCAGCCAGCAAGUGGUAGUUUCGGGUUCACACGGAAACGGGCGUGCCAUUUCCGCGCACGUCUGCAGAUCCGGCGGUCGAUUGGUCAAGUCUCCCAUCGCUCCUCCCUCAUCAGGAGGCGGGCAAACCGCGCCACGAGAGGGCCAGGAUUGGCUGGCUCUGGAAGCGCGGGUGGUCCCCCUUCUGCUGUCACAUGGUGCGCGCUGUUUUCUUAUCACGUGGCUGCCACCCAGGCUUCUCUGCUCCUGUCUUUUGUUUGGAUGCCGGCGCUGCUGCCUGUGGCCUCCCGCCUUUUGUUGCUACCCCGAGCCCUGCUGACCAUGGCCUCUGGAAGCCCUCCGACCCAGCCCCCGCCGGCCUCGGAUUCCGGCUCCGGCUACGUUCCGGGCUCGGUGUCUGCAGCCUUUGUCACUUGCCCCAACGAGAAGGUCGCCAAGGAGAUCGCCAGGGCUGUGGUGGAGAAGCGCCUAGCAGCCUGCGUCAACCUCAUCCCUCAGAUUACAUCCAUCUAUGAGUGGAAAGGGAAGAUCGAGGAAGACAGUGAGGUGCUGAUGAUGAUUAAAACCCAAAGUUCCUUGGUCCCGGCUUUGACAGAUUUUGUUCGUUCUGUGCACCCUUACGAAGUGGCUGAGGUAAUUGCAUUGCCUGUGGAACAGGGGAACUUUCCAUACCUGCAGUGGGUGCGCCAGGUCACAGAGUCAGUUUCUGACUCCAGCACAGUCCUGCCAUGAUGAGCCCUGUUCCUGCCGUGAUCCCCUUGAUACUCAAUGCCUUCUGACUUCCAGGUGAUGACCGGGCCCCCAAUAAAUCCUGUCUUUAGGUCUUUCUG